AUGCAAACUUCCUUCUUUGAUCAGCAGAGGGUGGAGAGAGAGAAAGCCCGCAAAGCCGCGGGCCCGGACGAACGCCCUUGGCGGCUCCGCCCCUUCCGGAAGGAGCGGCAGGGACCCGGCCUCCUGCACCUUGACCCGUCUAGACGCCGCACAAGGUUUUGUCUCGGUUUCCAAGGGCUCGGGGUGCUCUUUGACCCGCGCCCGGGGCGGAGGUGGUGGCACGGAUCCCAACGCGCCCCGGCAGGUCCCGGAGGGAGAGGGGCCCGGGACGCGCGCCAGCUGUUCCCAGAGCAAGCCGAGGCCGAUGAGGGGCAACCCGGGCCCCAUGACAACCUCUGCGUUCCCCUGGCCCAGUCCGAGGCGUUCCUCAUCGACCUUUUGGAUAAAGUGUGUAUGCGAAUGAACGAUUACCAGCUGGAGGACGACCCAGUGACCAAGCAGAAGUAUUUCAGGAGAUAUGCUCCGAGGAAGGGAGACAAAAUUUACAAAGACUAUAAAAAGUUCUUCUUUUACUCUGAUGCCUUCAGACCUUUGAAAUUCGCGUGCGAGGCCAUCAUUGAAAAGUAUGAGGAUGAGAUAUUCGAACUUAUUGCCCAGGAGGCAAACCAUCUAGCUGAUAUGCUGUGCAAUGAAAAAUCAGAUCUAUGUGGCACUCCCACCAACAGUCCUGAACCCUAGGUAUGAGAGGAGUGGAGUCAGCCCAACUGUGCACCUGCACAUCGUGUGACUGCUGUGAUAAGGAAGUUCAUCUUCUGUCUGCUGUUCUUGUCUCAUGCGUGAUAUUGGUUUGAAAAUCUCUUGCUCGGCAUCGUGAUAAACCCCAAGUCUCCUCUUAGGUGAAGAGAAGUUUAUAAAACAGAACACCCCUUUGCAUAUUUGGAUGGAAGCUGGGUUGGCAAUAGAGCAUUAAAUCUGGCCGUGGGAAAAGGGCGAAGCUAUUUCUUGAAGUCAGUAGGAAAUUAAGGGUUGGGUCUUAGCAAAUGAGCCUGACAUGUCUAUACAUAGUUUGCAGUUUCAGAAGAACUCAGUUUGAUUUCUUAAAUUCUUGAUCAGCCACAAAUUCAAGGCAUU